CAAGCGACUCUGAUACACACAGCAGGCAAUGGGGGUACCGCUUCUUCGUCCUCUUUAGUCCUUGUCUCUCUACCUCUCUGCUCCACCCAUCUGGUUUGCCAAAGCUAUAAAAAUCAAGAAGCAACCAAAACAGCCAGGAAGAAAAGUGAUGUGAUGUCAUGAUGAAGCAAAUCCACCCUGACAGUCCUUGGAUAUACGCAUAGCUAUUUCAAAACUCAACAGGAGAAAAUCUUUAAAAGCGGCACAAAGGUUUUACCAUGGAUUACAAAGCUGAAGGCAAAAGGAAGCAGCAGCAUAGCUUGAAUCUGCUGGAUCAAAUAAAAAGUAUGAAAAAUUUAACAGAAAUGAUUGAUGUGGUUUUAGUAGCUGAAGGUGAAAAGUUCCCUUGUCACAAACUGAUGCUGGCUGCUUUCAGCCCCUAUUUCAAAGCAAUGUUUACCUGCGGCUUGAUGGAAUGCACACAGAACGAAGUGGUGCUCCAUGACAUGUCAGCAGAAAGUGUGUCCGUACUUCUGCACUACAUGUACACAGCAGAGUUGCGCCUCACAAAUUGCAACGUACAGAGUGUGGCCAUUGCAGCAUUUUUCAUGCAGAUGGAAGAUGUGUUUCAUAUCUGUCAGUCAUACAUGAUGGACCACAUGGACGCUUCCAACUGUGUGGGGAUUUAUUACUUCGCAAAGCACAUUGGGGCUGAAGAGCUGUCUGAUCAAGCCAGGAAGUAUUUAUAUCAGCACUUUGCAGAAGCGAGCUUGCAUGAAGAGAUAUUAGAGAUUGAAGUGCAGCAAUUACUCAGUCUUAUUAGGUCAGAUGAUCUGAAUGUAUCCAGAGAAGAGAGCAUUUUGGACUUGGUCCUCAGAUGGGUUAAUCACAGCAGGAAACAACGUGCAGAUCACCUCACUGAGCUCCUGAAGCAAGUAAGGCUAGUACUUGUAAGCCCAUCCUUUCUUGUAGAGGCUCGGAAAAGGAACACGGUGCUGCUCAGUAAUUCACAGUGUAGCGACAUGAUUGAGGGAGCACUGGAAACCAUCAAGAAAUCCAACCAACCUUCUCUUGGCCUCCGCUAUGGUAUGGAGACCACUACCCUUCUGCUUUGUAUUGGCAAUAACUCCCAGGGCAUCAGAUCAAGGCAUGGUAACUACGCUGAUGCCAGCUUCUGCUAUGCUCCUGCAACACAGAAGAUUUACUUCAUUUCCUCUCCAAAAUAUGGAGAGGGCCUUGGAUGUGUAUGCACCGGUGUUGUUAAUGAGAACAACGAUAUCAUUGUGGCGGGAGAGGCAAGUGCUGCCAAAAUGUCCAGGGAAAAGACCAGGAAUAUUGAAAUUUAUAGGUACAACUGCCAGGGCAAUCGGUUUUGGCAAAGUCUGUGUAGUGCCCAGUUUCGCGAGCUCUAUGCUUUAGGCACCAUCCACAACGACCUGUACAUCAUAGGAGGCCAAAUGAAACUGAAAAACCAGUACCACAUCACAAACAUUGUGGAAAGAUAUUCCAUGGAGCAAGAUAACUGGAGAACCGUGGCUCCUCUCCCGGUCCCGUUAGCCUGCCAUGCUGUUGUGCAAGUGAAAAACAGGCUGUUUGCAAUGGGAGGCUGGACACCACAGAUGGAUCUUCCUGACGAUGAGCCUGAUCGAUUAAGCAACAGAAUGUUGCAGUAUGACCCAGGCCAAGACAAAUGGACAGAGUGCACACCGAUGAAGUACUCGAAAUACCGCUUCAGCACAGCUGUAGUCAACAAUGAGAUUUAUGUCUUGGGUGGGAUUGGCUGCCUUGGUCGAGACAGAGGGCAGGCACGGACAUGUCUUGAUGCAGUGGAGAUCUAUAACCCUGAUGGGAAUUUUUGGAGAGAUGGACCUCCCAUGCCUUAUCCUCUUCUCUCUUCAAGAACUAACUCUACCUUUGCUGGUGCAGUAGAAGGGAAGCUCUAUCUAUGUGGUGGAUUUCGUGGAGCAGCUCGGUAUGAAGUUAUCACCAAAGAGAUCCUCGAGCUGGACACUUGGGAAAACCACUGGAAUGUUGUGGCCGUCAAUGUUCUCAUGCAUGACAGCUAUGAUGUCUGUCUUGUUGCUCAGCUGAACCCACGAGAUCUCAUGCCUCCUCCUCCUGAUUUAGUGGAGCAAUAGUUAUGCAGGUUUCUCUAGAUGCAUAAUAGAAGCAUAAAACAGAGAAUGCCAUAGAACUGCUCUGCAACGGCCUCUGGACUCUUAAGAGAUGAGCCUACAACGUGGCCUUAACAUACACUAUUCCUACCACUAUUAUGCAUCUUUACAUAUUGGAAACUCAAGUUGUAUUAGUUGGUUCAGGAAUCCUCUCUUUCUGGUGCAUCUUUGUAUUAAUUUAUUGUAGAUGAGAGGUUACUACAAGUAAUCCCUUCUCUUUAGAUUAUGUAGCAACAUGGAAUGCCAGAGCAAUCAUUGAUAAAAGCAUCAGGAGCAAAUGGAAGCAGUAACAGGUGCUUAAUAAAAACAUUAAAGCAACAUCUCCACCAUAAGAAUUCUUCAUUCUGUACUGAUAAGAUGCUGAGAAUCUAUUUGGGGUUCUUAGCCAGCAGGAAGGCAAAAAUAUGGCCUUACUCUCACAGGUGGAAUUGGCUUGUUCAUCUGAUUGUAUUGGUGGUGGAGUGUGUAGAUAAGGAUUCAUCUUUCUUGCUGUCCUGUGUGCAACCAAAACUAGAUGUGGAAUCGCAGCUAGAUCAGACAUAAUGUUAAUUACCGUGACUUUGCAAAAGAGAGGCCAACAUCUAAUGUCCAACUAUGGUUCCUUAAUGCUCAGGUUUAGUGCAUCACUUUUAACACUUUUUUUCUUGCUUUAAGCUUGCUUCACAAAUCCUUUGAGACUUUCAGUCAAUCUUGCUGAUUCUUUUCCUAUAUCUUGAUCCAUCCUCUCUCCAGUCUUUGACACCAGAACAUUCACAGGGGCUGCUGCUGCUGCUACUGCUGUAGUUCCUACUGGUCAGAAGGAAGAAGAAAUGGAGAGUUGUGAUGGUUGAUAUGGCCAUGACCAUGCAGGUCACAGAAAUGAGAAAGAAGGAUAGUGCAGGCAUGGCAGAAGACAGGCUGAAGAAGGGAGAGGAAUAUAGAUGCAAGAAUUCAGAAAGAACAGUCUAAACUCUUUCAUCAACAUCUUCUGAAAAUGCCCAUAUCCACAACUGUUCCUGCACGAGUUUGAACAGGAAAUAUUAGACUAGACUGAGACAUUUCCCUCUUAUUCUGUUUAUGCCUCAUCAGCUUUUACCUUGAAAGAUCCGGAUCUGUGUGCAUGUUUUCUUUAUAAAUGAAAAGAAUAAAUCUAGGAAAGAAAUGAUCCUGUGAACUACACAACUCUCAUUCUUGUUUGCUUUGUAGAUAGGGUGCAUCUGACAGCCCAAACAGUCACAUUUGUAUGUAUUAUCUCUUUUGUCAACACUACAAGAAACACUGAAGCAUACAGUCUGGGUUAAUGUGGAUGAUGUUCUCACAGAUGACGUUGAACCUGGAGUCAGUCGUGGGUGAGGGCUAUCAGAAUGUAUGACAAUGUUUGGCCAGUUGAAGAAUCUGCGUGAACAAACAGUACCUAGCAACUUUCAGCACCAGAAUAUUCCCAGAGAAACCUCUGGCUUGAUACUAGUGACUACUAAUCAAUUUUUCCAAUAAAGCCUCCUAUCCUUUGUA